GGGUGCUCUGCUUGUGCUUAGUAGCAUAAGUUACUCCGGCUUGUCGCUCUAGGUCGCUACUUGCAGUUUAAGAUGGCCCUGAUCAUGAAGCAGUCGGCUGGCCUGAAGGCCGUGACCGCCGCUCGCUCGCGCAAGAGCGUGGUCGUCCGCGCCGGCAAGUACGAUGAGGAGCUCAUCAAGACCGCGAACACCAUCGCUUCUAAGGGCCGCGGUAUCCUGGCUAUGGAUGAGUCGAACGCCACCUGCGGCAAGCGCCUGGACUCCAUUGGCGUCGAGAACACCGAGGAGAACCGCCGCGCCUACCGCGAGCUGCUGUGCACCACCCCGGGCAUUGGCCAGUACAUUUCCGGCGCUAUUCUGUUCGAGGAGACCCUGUACCAGUCGACCAAGGACGGCCGCAAGUUCGUCGACGCCAUGAAGGAGCAGAACAUUGUCCCUGGUAUCAAGGUCGACAAGGGUCUGGUGCCGCUGGCCAACACCAACGGCGAGUCCUGGUGCAUGGGUCUGGACGGCUUGGACAAGCGCUGUGCUGAGUACUACAAGGCUGGCGCUCGCUUUGCUAAGUGGCGCUCGGUCGUCUCCAUUCCCCACGGCCCGUCUCUGAUUGCCCAUCGCGACUGCGCCUACGGCCUGGCUCGCUACGCUGCCAUUGCUCAGAACGCUGGUCUGGUCCCGAUUGUCGAGCCUGAGGUGCUCCUGGACGGUGACCACGAUAUUGACCGCUGCCUGGAGGUCCAGGAGGCUAUCUGGGCUGAGACCUUCAAGUACAUGGCCGACAACAAGGUCAUGUUCGAGGGUAUCCUGCUGAAGCCCGCCAUGGUCACCCCUGGUGCUGACUGCCCUAACCGCGCCGGCCCAGCCAAGGUUGCCGAGUACACCCUGAAGAUGCUGCGUCGCCGCGUCCCGCCGGCCGUGCCUGGCAUCAUGUUCCUGUCGGGCGGCCAGUCGGAGCUGGAGUCCACCCUCAACCUGAACGCCAUGAACCAGUCGCCGAACCCGUGGCACGUGUCGUUCUCCUACGCCCGCGCUCUGCAGAACACCGUCCUGAAGACGUGGCAGGGCAAGGCCGAGAACGUCCCAGCUGCUCAGGCCGCGCUGCUCAAGCGCGCCAAGGCGAACUCCGAUGCUCAGCUCGGCAAGUACGACCCUGCCACUGAGGGCAAGGAGGCUGCCCAGGGCAUGUACGAGAAGGGCUACGUCUACUAAGCGUAUCGCCGAGUGUAGCAAGGGCGUGGUUAUGGGCGGUGCUUAGUGGACACGUUUUGUUUUUGGUUGUCUUCUUCGCAGCUGCGCGAGGUUUGGACAUCCGUUCAACCUACGAGCGCGACUACCCUAGCUGACGUCGUGUUAGGACUCGUUGGUAACAUAAGCAUUGGUUUUGGAGUACAUGCCCGGCUGCGUUUGGUCGGAGUGCUGCUUUUGAGUAGUAGGGAGUGGCCGUGGCAGGUUGGCCCGUAUGUUGCUUUUUGCCUACCGCAACAGUGGGCAAAAUUGACUUAGUGCUGUAAGGCACCAUGUAUGCUUUUCAUCCCGU